GCACUUCUUGACGAAUUCAAAGACGUGUUCGAACCUAUUCAAGGGCCGCCUAAGGACCGCGGCAUCGAACACACAAUCGACCUGGAACCUGGCGCAAAACCAGUGUUCUCCCGCAUGUACCGCUUGGCCCCCAAUGAGCGCGAAGAAGUCAGCAAGCAAGUACAAGAGCUGCUGCGGCUAGGCCUUAUCCAGCCAUCAUCGUCGCCUUGGGGCGCGCCCAUUCUGUUUGCCGCCAAGAAGGACGGUGGCCUGCGAAUGUGCAUCGAUUACCGUGCACUGAACAAGGUUACGGUGAAGAACCGCUACCCCAUCCCCAACCCGGAGGACCUUUUUGACGCCCUGCACGGCGCUACUAUCUUCUCAUCCAUCGACCUGCAGUCCGGCUAUCAUCAAAUACGCAUCAACGACAAGGACAGGCAGAAAACUGCCUUCCGCACGCCCGACGCUGAGUUUAAGCGCGCGUACGGCGACCUAGAGAACCAGUCGGAACCCCAGCGCGUGCGCGAGCGCAUCAGUGCCGGUGAGGCGCGCCAGACCCCCGGCAUGCCUGUCUCGCAGUACGUGCAGAAGUUCACUACCCUGCUGCUCGAAGCCCCUGACAUGGCCGAGGCAGACCGGAUUCAGUACUUCUUUGAUAACAUGCUACCCAGCCUUGCGCGCGAUGCCAUAGUCGACGGGGACAACAAGCGCCACAAGACCCUUGCCUCCGUGAUAGACGCCGCGUACGCUGCCGAGCUAGGGUACCGCAUGCGCAAACGUGCCAGCGCCAGCGCCGCCGUAGCCAGCAUUCCCAAAGGCACGGACAGCGACGACUGCAACAACGCUUCCAGCAGUGACGAUGAGGGUUCUGACGGGGACGGGGAUGCAACCGUCGCGUACGUUAAGCGCUUGCCCAACCGCGGCAAGCCGCACACGCACAGCAAGCACGCUCCCCGCACUCACGCAUUCAAGCACACUAAGCGCCCUGACCGCUAUGUGCCCCUCCGCAAUGCUCGCAAAACACAGGCGCUCGGACGCCUGGAGAACAAGUUCGACGCCCUGCGCGACCGCAUGGGCGACGGCGCCGGCGGCUCCGCAAAGCGCCAACGCUCGGAGGAGGACAAGAGCAUUGCCGGCCUGAAGACUCUCGGGUUCUGCACCAAGUGCGCCCGUGAGGACGUCAGCCGCAAGUGGAACACCUGCCGCGACCACAACCCCAAGUUUGCCGCGUAGGGUGUUGCGCAGCGUGAAGGUUUAGGUGGCAGCCCCGCUGCGCAGCCAUCAUUUAAUGAGCAUGAGUCGCUAGGUAGUGGGCAGUGUACGCACCCCGCACCGCAUCAGGGUUGUCAGCACCCAUCGCACAAGCAUACGCACGCCACGGCUGCUACGGCACCGGGCACCACGCACACGCAUAAGGCAGAUAGGAUGUUCAGUCGAGCUGAGUUCUUGAGUUUGCAAACUGCCUCAGGACGAGACUUCUCCUUUGACGCUGCGUGUAAUGAUGAAGGCUC